AUGACGCCCAGUCCUCCUGAUGAAGCUCUUCACUUCCGCGGAAAGACACUGACUCCGGAAAGCCCGCGCCCACUGCAUAUCCCGGAGCCGGCCAAUAUUCCCGUCCUGGAGAAUCAAAUGGACCCCGUCUUUAAUGACACUUCGACAUAUCAACGCCCAGAAUAUCCCCAGGAACCCGUUGAAACACAAGAUCGAGAUGGAUGGUCGAGGAUUGCGCAGGAUGGCCAGGAUCUAGGCUUGGGGCUGCGCAGGGACCCAAGUAGCUUGCAGGGUGCGCAACCGAGGGAACAGCCCGUGAUGAAUGAUAUGCCUGCUUUGGCAGCGCAGUUUUAUCCUUCCAAUACCGCAGGCACCCAACAGCAGGUGGGCAAUAUGAACAUGAAUAUGCACAUGAACCCAAACCUCGCCUUUGCAGCUUCCAGUCAUUCCCAUGCGCCUCCGGUUGUUCCGGGUUCUCAAGGUUAUGGCCCGGCUAGCGACAUAGACAAUGCCGGUUAUGCGGUUUCGUCCUUGAAGCCCGAUCACAUAGAUGAUGGAAAGCAGGGUAUGGGUUUGGGUGCUGCGGGGGUCAACUUUCAGACUCUGCUGGACAACCUUUCUCAACACUCUGCUGCCACUGCCAACGCGAACGCUACGGGGGCUGCCUCUUCUCUAGCGGAGGGCUCGUCCUUUCACCAAGCCCCCAAGGACGAUGUGUGGACCUCCCCCGCCCGCCCUUCCCUCCAAGACCCCUCCCUCCCCCCAAAUUACGCCCCGAGCAAUGAGAAUGCCCAUCACCAAACCCCCGCCGCCCCAAACACUGCUCCCUCCUCCGCCUAUGCAGCAGCCCAAUCCAGUAACAAUGCCCAUCCAAUCGAUCCCCCAUCUAUCCCCCCGGUCGCUCCCGGUACCGAGUCCGGUGCUGGAGACCUCCCACCGCCGCCCAUGGCGAGUUUCCAACGGCAAGGCCCUUCUUCGGCCGCAGAGUCGCAAGGCUCUCAAGAGGGUUCUACCGCGUUCAAAAGAGGCCGCCUUGAUAAGCUGCUAACCCGUGGGGGCAAACCUCUAAGUGAUGAUGAUCAACCCUGGGGCCCCGAAGUGCAAAAGAAGUAUGACGAGUUCCUACACGACGAGCGCAUCUAUGUAACCGAAGGUCUCUGGGACCGGUUCCCCGUUGGGUCCAGGUUGUUUGUCGGCAAUCUUCCUACCGAGCGAGUAACGAAACGAGACAUGUUCCAUAUCUUUCACAACUAUGGCAAAUUAGCCCAAAUUUCAAUCAAGCAGGCUUACGGCUUUAUCCAGUUUUUGGAAGCCGGUGCGUGUCAUGCAGCACUGCAGACUGAGCAGGGGGCCUUGAUAAGAGGUAGAAAGAUUCACCUCGAAAUCUCGAAGCCACAAAGAUCAACUGCCCGACCAGGUCCUGCAGAGCCAUCUCGUGCACCCCCGCCUCGUCGUUCCAGGUCGCCCGAGUUCAGCCGGACUGCUCCUGCCCGCAGCGCCGCUCGUGCUCCGGGCGACCGUUAUGAUCGGCCACACGAGUCCAAUCGGCUGCCAUUCAGUGACUAUCGCGAUGAGCCUUCUCAUCGCCGUCGUGACGACUAUCGCCCUCCACGGUCUCCUUCGCCCCGACCUUUUCGGACUCGGGAUGGCUACCGUUCACGGGAUAGGACGCCAGAGCGAUUUGAUCGCCGUGAGCGCAGACGGUCUCGCUCACCCCGCUCACCUCGCUCUCCCUAUGCGCGCGAUCGGCGGUAUCGAAGCCCCAGCCCGAGACCUCGAGGUAACUACGAAGGGGAAGCAGACCUCCCAGUGCCCCGUCGGGCACCACGAGAUGUGCCGGAGGUACAGAUUCUUGUGCUGGAAGAGCUCGAUCGGAAUUUUAUUCUCCACGUGGAGAAUGCCUUCCGCAACCGCGGUCUGCGCGUAGAUGUGUUGGUGCUUGGCCCUCGCAUCCCUCUAGGCGCAGCCGUCCACCGCCAAUAUGUCGAGGGUGUUUUGGCAGUCGUGAGGCUGUCUCGCCCUAAUCAAUUUUCCCGUAAAAUCCCACUUCAAAUGUUCGAUCGAAGCGCGGGCCCAGAUAAUGUCCGCUUCACUGAUUACCCCGAACUAGACCCCAACAUCGCUGCGGAGGUCAUGUUCCAUCAAGCCCAGGCUAUGCAACGCGGACCAGCAGCCUCUUUCGCGCCUAACCCUGCAUUCGGUCUCGCUCCGAUGCAGCCCCUGCCAAUGCCUCAUCCACCCAUGCCAACUCUCUCGAAUCCUCCCAACAUUGCCCAUCUCAUUAGUACUUUGGAUGGGCCGGCUCUUCAGUCUCUCCUCUCAGCUCUUCAGCAGCGCCCCGGCCCCUCAUCACAGCCCGUCUCGGCCACGCAGUCACCUUUCGCCUCUCCCAAUCCUCCACCACCAGCCGACCUGGCCAGUCUGUUCAGUAGUGCGACCCGAGCUCCUCCUAUGCCGUCUCUUCAUCCUCAACAACCUCUUCCCCACCCACCAUAUAAUCUCCAACAUCCAAACGCCCCCAUGGUCACUGACCCCAAUCUGCUUUCGCUUUUGGCGAAAGGGCUUGGGGCCCAGCAACCACAGGGGCAGGCCCCAGUUGGUUCUAAUGUGCAAAACCUUAUGAACCAUCUGACCAAAUGGAAGCAAUGA